AUGUUGCAGGCUGUCUUUAAUGCUGUAAGAGAUGAUAUGGGAAUUACUCAACCUUGCGCCACACACGCAUGGAUCCAUCUAAGGCCGGAGGCCAAGUUCGACUACAUUGAGAAAAUCGUACACUAUCUAAGAGCUGAUCAUGAUAGGAUCAGGAGUGCCAUGGUUACAAUGAGGCCCCAUGUUGUGCAAAAAAGAAGGAAUCAGAAGCCAGUCGCCUCUUCAAAUCCGAAAAGAACAGGAUCAAUCAAGCAAUUGGCCGACAAUAUCAUGGGCUGCUCAUCAUUUGCUACACCAAGCACAUUGGCAAACACUGUCGUUGCAGAAAAUACGACACUCUCAUCAUCCGCCUGCAUACGACCAGAUGACGAUUUCGAAAAUGUGUUCGGAACGGAACAAAAUCCACAUAAGAACUCUACAAUAGUUCGUCAUUAUUCUUAUAGAACUUUGCAUGAACAAAAUGACGAGGAUGCGAAACACUACACGAAACGACCGCAUGUAGAUCGGCUGAAUCCUGAACUUGUGCAAAAG